AUGCCCCAAGCAUCCCAUCCCAAAGACACCCGCAUGCCAGUCCCGGUCUCGGCUCAGCUCACCAAUCGGAAACAGAAAUUAGAGUCGGUGGAGCUGUCCAGCCAGUCAGAAAUCCAGCACCUGAGCAGUAAGCUUGAGCGGGCCAAGGACACCAUCUGUGCCAAUGAGUUGGAAAUAGAGCGUCUUAACAUAAGAGUCAACGACUUGAUUGGAACCAAUAUGUCUAUCCUACAGGAGCAGCGGCAAAAGGAGGAAAAGUGGAGGGAAUCUGAAAAGCUGUUGGAGACUCUGCAGGAAGAAAAAAGAGAAUUGAAGGCAAAUCUUCAGUCUCAUGAAAAUUUCAUCCGUGAGGCAAAGAUGCGAAAGAAGUUACAGGCAAAGGGAACCAACACCCAGCAACUAGGAGAUGCUAUAAGACCACUGGAGGACUCUCAGGCUGAGAGGAGGCUCGCCUCUCAAGGGCAGGGCGACUUGGGCAGUGUGCUUUCCCAGUUGGAUUUUACCCAUACAAGUGAAGAACUCCUGCAAGCAGAGGUGACUCGUCUAGAAGGCAGCUUGGAAUCUGUGAGCGCAACAUGUAAACAGCUGAGCCAAGAGCUAAUGGAAAAAUAUGAAGAACUGAAGAAGAUGGAAGGACAUAACAAUGAGUACAGGGCAGAGAUUAAGAAGUUGAAAGAACAGAUUUUACAAGCUGAACAGACUUACAGCUCUGCACUAGAAGGUAUGAAGAUGGAAAUUUCCCAGCUGACUUGGGAGUUACAUCAGCGAGAUAUCACUAUUGCUUCUGCCAAAUGUUCUUCCUCAAACAUGGAAAAGCAGCUCAAAGCAGAGAUGCAAAAGGCAGAAGAAAAAGCAAUGGAGCAUAAGGAAAUUUUGAAUCAGUUGGAAUCACUCAAAUUAGAAAAUCGUCAUCUUUCUGAAAUGGUGAUGAAAUUGGAAUUGGGUUUACAUGAGUACUCCGUGCCCGUGUCUCCCCUGGGUUAGAUAGCUGCCAGAUUUCUGGAAGAGGAGGAACUGAGGUCUCAUCAUAUUCUAGAGCGCCUGGAUGCCCAUAUUGAAGAACUAAAAAGGGAGAGUGAAAAGACAGUGAGACAAUUCACAGCCCUGAUGUAACUGCUUACGGAAUCACAGCCUGGGAAGGGAACACCGCAGAGUUAGCGUCAUCUGAAGGAGCAGCUCUUUUAAAACAUGGUCAUACAAAGUUAUAAGGAUAACGCAUACUAAACAGUGGUGAAAAAAUCUGAAGAAUUGGUACUUUUCUUCGACAUUUUCACUGCAGUGGUUUUUGAAGGACUUCUUCCAGCAAUAACUUGUGAGAAUAAACCUCUUUACA